CAGUUUCUCUUCACAGCAUUACAAAUACCAACACACAGCAAUAGGAAUCGGUUUCCAUUUUCCAUUCCAAUCCCUUCGAUCUGGGAACUUCUUCCAUUCCUCCGCUUUCAUCGCCUUCCCUUGCUUCGACUCCCAAAUGAAUCUCUGAUCACUCCCACCAUUUUUUCCGAUCGGAAAUCUCUGUUUUCUUGCAGCAAUCCUUCCCAUAUCGCUUGCGCCUUUGACCGGUCAAAGGGUUGUUUCGUGUUUGUCUGUUUCCAGAUGAAGAAGGUAGCGGUGGGAGCGGCUGUGGUCUGCGCAGCUGCUGUUUGCGCUGCGGCGGCGUUGGUGGUGCGCCACCGGAUGAAGAGCUCCGGGAAGUGGGCCCGAGCCAUGGCCAUCUUGAAGGAGUUUGAGGAGAAGUGCAAAACUCCGGUUGAGAAGCUCAGGCAAGUGGCGGAUGCUAUGACUGUGGAGAUGCAUGCUGGCCUCGCAUCUGAAGGCGGGAGCAAGCUCAAGAUGCUCAUCAGCUAUGUCGAUAAUCUUCCCACCGGGGACGAGAAGGGGUUGUUCUAUGCAUUAGAUCUUGGUGGCACAAAUUUCCGUGUAUUGCGUGUACAGUUGGGAGGAAAGGAUGAACGUGUUGGUAAGCAAGAAUUUGCGGAAGUGUCAAUCCCUCCACAUUUGAUGACUGGGUCUUCAGAUGCCUUAUUUGGUUUUAUAGCUGAAGAACUUGCAAAAUUUGUUGAAGAAGAAGGUGAUGGCUUCCACCCAGCCUCUGGUAGACAAAGAGAGCUGGGUUUUACGUUUUCUUUCCCAGUUAGACAAACAUCUAUUGCAUCAGGGACACUUAUAAAGUGGACAAAGGGAUUCAACAUCGAGGAAACAGUUGGGCAAGAUGUGGUAGGAGAAAUAACGAAGGCCAUGGAAAAAAUUGGACUGGAUAUGCGUGUGGCGGCUUUGGUAAAUGAUACAAUUGGCACAUUAGCUGGAGGCAGAUACCACAAUGAUAAUGUUAUUGCUGCUGUGAUUCUGGGAACUGGAACAAAUGCAGCAUAUGUGGAGCGGGCUCAUGCAAUUCCUAAAUGGCAAGGCCUUCUACCCAAAUCAGGAGAGAUGGUUAUUAACAUGGAAUGGGGUAACUUCCGGUCUUCUCAUCUACCAAUCACUGAAUAUGAUCAAGCUCUAGAUUUUGAAAGUUUAAACCCUGGGGAACAGAUUUUUGAGAAGAUGAUAUCCGGUAUGUAUCUGGGAGAAAUAGUUCGAAGAGUUCUGUGCAGGAUGGCUGACGAAGCUGCCUUUUUUGGUGAUGUUGUCCCCCCAAAACUCAGAAAACCUUUCAUUCUCAGGACUCCUGACAUGUCUGCUAUGCAUCAUGAUACAUCUCCAGAUCUGAAAGUCAUCGGAAGCAAGCUGAACGAUAUCUUGGAGGUAUCUAACAGCUCCCUCAAGAUGAGAAAAAUAAUUGUCGAGUUAUGCAACAUUGUUGCUGUACGUGGUGCACGCCUAUCGGCUGCUGGGAUUUAUGGGAUCAUCAAGAAAUUGGGAAGAGACACCCCCAAAGAUGGGGAUAAUCAGAAAUCUGUCAUAGCUGUUGAUGGUGGGUUAUUUGAGCACUACACCAAGUUUAGAAACUCUUUGGAGAGUUCACUGAAGGAAUUACUGGGUAAAGAAGUUUCCGAGAACGUUGUGAUUCAGCUCUCGAGCGAUGGCUCCGGCAUUGGAGCAGCACUUCUCGCAGCGUCUCAUUCCCAAUAUCUUGGGGUAGAGGAAUCCUGAAAAGAGGAGUCCGAUGCCAGCCAAGGUAGCUCAAAAGAAGGAAAAAGUUUCAAAUUUUGUUUGUAAAAGAACUUGUAUUCUUUGGCUUACGACUUGAGAUUAUUUAGGCUCCUCGUUUCAAUGACUCCCCGAGUCUAAUUUUAUGGUUCAGAGCGUAUCAUCUCCAGCAAUGGAUCAAUUAUGUGGUAGAUUUGCCUGCAGAGACUCCCAAGAUUUUGAAGUGGCUCCCUCUGUCCGUAUGAUGUUGGAGCCAAUGUUGAUGGCAUCGGAGCGCAAUUCGUUUCCUUCGACGUGGCUAAUAAAUGGGGAUGAGAGGCUUUCCUCUCCAUCUUCGUCGACGAAUCAUCCUUCUCGAGUUCCUUUGCCAAAUAAAUUAGAACCAUAUGGUCUGUCUGCAGGUUGUUGAAAUUCUCCUUUCCAGUUGGAUCAAUCCAUCAAUGGAUGAUAGCAAGAAAAAAAACUGUCUUGGAGCGUACAAAUAAAGAUUUCUUUUCCCUUUGUUCAUCGUA